AUGUGUGUGCCCAGCCACUCUGUGCGCCCACCGGCCCGCUUUUGCCCUUUUCGGUAUACCCUCAUUGAGGGCGAACGGAAGUGCCUGUACAGUACGGUUUCUUUUGAUGUCACAACCCCAACUCACCCAAUCGAUUGGUUCUAUACUCCCUUAGGGAAACCUAAUGGAAGGAACGAAGAACAUGGAACUUCCAUUUGGUUUCAACUGCGUAAAGGCUUAGGCUUAGGCUUAGGCUUAGGCUUAGGCUUAGGCUUAGGCAUUAGGCUUAGGCUUAGCUUAGGCUUAGGCUUAGGCUUAGGCUUAGGCUUAGGCUUAGGCUUAGGCUUAGGCUUAGGCUUAGGCUUAGGCUUAGGCUUAGGCUUAGGCUUAGGCUUAGGCUUAGGCUUAGGCUUAGGCUUAGGCUUAGGCUUAGGCUUAGGCUUAGGCUUAGGCUUAGGCUUAGGCUUAGGCUUAGGCUUAGGCUUAGGCUUAGGCUUAGGCUUAGGCUUAGGCUUAGGCUUAGGCUUAGGCUUAGGCUUAGGCUUAGGCUUAGGCUUAGGCUUAGGCUUAGGCUUAGGCUUAGGCUUAGGCUUAGGCUUAGGCUUAGGCUUAGGCUUAGGCUUAGGCUUAGGCUUAGGCUUAGGCUUAGGCUUAGGCUUAGGCUUAGGCUUAGGCUUAGGCUUAGGCUUAGGCUUAGGCUUAGGCUUAGGCUUAGGCUUAGGCUUAGGCUUAGGCUUAGGCUUAGGCUUAGGCUUAGGCUUAGGCUUAGGCUUAGGCUUAGGCUUAGGCUUAGGCUUAGGCUUAGGCUUAGGCUUAGGCUUAGGCUUAGGCUUAGGCUUAGGCUUAGGCUUAGGCUUAGGCUUAGCCUUAGGCUUAGGCUUAGGCUUAGGCUUAGGCUUAGGCUUAGGCUUAGGCUUAGGCUUAGGCUUAGGCUUAGGCUUAGGCUUAGGCUUAGGCUUAGGCUUAGGCUUAGGCUUAGGCUUAGGCUUAGGCUUAGGCUUAGGCUUAGGCUUAGGCUUAGGCUUAGGCUUAGGCUUAGGCUUAGGCUUAGGCUUAGGCUUAGGCUUAGGCUUAGGCUUAGGCUUAGGCUUAGGCUUAGGCUUAGGCUUAGGCUUAGGCUUAGGCUUAGGCUUAGGCUUAGGCUUAGGCUUAGGCUUAGGCUUAGGCUUAGGCUUAGGCUUAGGCUUAGGCUUAGGCUUAGGCUUAGGCUUAGGCUUAGGCUUAGGCUUAGGCUUAGGCUUAGGCUUAGGCUUAGGCUUAGGCUUAGGCUUAGGCUUAGGCUUAGGCUUAGGCUUAGGCUUAGGCUUAGGCUUAGGCUUAGGCUUAGGCUUAGGCUUAGGCUUAGGCUUAGGCUUAGGCUUAGGCUUAGGCUUAGGCUUAGGCUUAGGCUUAGGCUUAGGCUUAGGCUUAGGCUUAGGCUUAGCUUAG